AUGCCUUCCCCGCCCAUCAGCACCAGAUCGUCCUCGGUAUCCGAAGACAGUGAAGAGGAAUUUGGUUUGACGUCGUAUAGAAAAGAUAUUUACGGUUAUCCCAGUCUCUUAUCGCCCGCUAGCACUCGCUCUUCAUACACAGAGGAGGAGGAGGACGACAUGUGCACGUGUAAACCAUCGGAUGUGUGUGCGUCUUGCCGAUUUGUUGAUGACAUCACAGAACCCAUGUCACCACGGAAACUAAUGUCGCCACGAAAGAAGGCAUUAUCAGAUCCAACUCCACUGGCUAGAAAAACAAUGAACAAACUUCAACAGAAGCUGGCCGGAUCCAUGUCACCAGACGCACUGACACGAGGAGACAACAAAGAGAUCGAUUCAACACUGGUGUCGAUGAUAGCGGAAAACCUACCGACCUGGGUGGUUCCUGCACGCGAUCCUAAAGGAAAACCAAUUGACGAUUCAAUUGCGCGCAAUAAUCGUCAGAUAAAUUAUUUAACGGAUAUACCACACGUACACGUUCCAAACGGAUUAAAUCAAGGAUCUACAGGUACAAUUUGUAAUCAACAGACUUCGCUGCGUGGGAAUCAUAGUCGCUUUGACAAUUGGCAAGACAUCAAAAAUAAGUUCAAAGCAGUUGAACAUCAAUAUACAAAAUUUGAAUUGCCUCUGCAUUUCAACUCAUCUAAAAUUCCUCAACCACCCUCAGAAUACGUGGAUACCCCAGCACAAUCACCCACCGAGAGUUUAGACUUUUCCUGCCAGUUUUAUCCUGUUGUUCAAAACAAUGUCGACGCGGCCGCUAAUGCGACGUAUAAAGCGCCCUAUUCCCAGCGAUGGCAGAAUGGAUCACAGUCAAUGGAUUCUACACCAACGCCAUCUGAUAACAAACAGUCCGACGUCUGGCCUCGCACGACGAGUGAUCUUCCAGCCAAGCAGCAUCCGACUUGCAACAUUGCCCCCCCGCUAUCGAUGCCGAGUAAACCGCUUGUAGAUACUUGGACAACUCCUUUUGUAACAUGUAGAGAUGACAAUAGCAGAAUUCCACCAAUGCAGCCUCUCAAUGCGCCCCAACCGAAUAGCCAGCCCUCGAUGGCUAAAUCGAGGAGAGGAAGCAAUCUGGGAAACAACGCAACUCAGCGUGGACAUAUCAGAGAUGAUACUGGAAAGAACUAUCACAUAAAUGGUGUACCUACGACAGAUAAAAAGUGUGUUAAUACUGUCGAGAAUAAUGGUAUUAAUGUUGCUCGGAACAAGAUUAUACAAGAGAAAUCUUCUGCAGAGAUAGAAAAGGAACAAAAGAAAGCCACGUUGUACAAGACUGAAAUGUGUAGGAAUUGGGAAGAAAAGGGGGAUUGUCGGUAA